UAUUAUAGUGGGGUUUUAGCAAAGUCUUAUCUUUUCACCUCUGUGAACAUCUUUAAAAAAUAGCUGGUGCUUCAAAAUUUGGCAGAUACCUGUUAUUUAUUUAGGUGCUUUCUUGAACUUCCAGAUGUUAGCCUUCUGUAUGUGUUAGAUUCACAUUAUUUUAGCAUUGUUGCCAUAUUUAGUUACCUAAAACAGGAACUGCUGUACUUCACAGGGUGAGCUCAGCUUCCCUCUGUUUUUUCACUGCAAAUGGUAUGCAUCAUGUAGAGCAAAGUAUUUUUGCUUCAUCAACAUAUGGACUUAUUAUCAGUAUUAUGGAUCAUCGUCAGAAUUUUGGUUACAAGUCCAGGAUUGUUCAGUCCAGCUGUAGAGAGGAGAACAAAAUGAACCACCCAGCCCAAUACAGAAGGUGCAGAGGGCAGUGGAAAUGAAGCAAGAGGGCUUGAAAAUGUCUGUGUGCAGUGAUUUUGUGGAGCACAUCUGGAAGCCUGGCUCCUGCAAAAACUGUUUCUGUCCCAGAAGUUUUCACCAACUGCAGGCACCAUCCCUUAAUCAACAAGGCUGCAGUGAAGCCUUGCAGGAUUUGAAUGGAAUUGGAGCCAAAGUUGAGAAUACGCCUUGGGAAGAUGAAAGUCUAAUUUCCUUGUCUUACUCCAAGCCAACUAUUGCUGUUAAACCAACUAUGAUAACCUCGGAUGCUGCUGGUGUGUGGGCAGAUGGAAACUUGAAUACAGAUGUCUCGCAGGGCAACGAGAUCAAAAGGAAGCCCCAGAACAUCCCAGAAGAUCGUCCUUUAUUCCUUGGCCCAUCUGGUCCUGAAAGGGCAGAAAGAAAUAUCUCAUACAGUAAAGAGGGCCAGGAUUCCAUGGCCGGUGUAUCCAGGAUAACAAAUUUUGGUGAAGAUAAAAGAAGGGUCUUGAACUCAUUCUCCAACUUUCAUGUGCAUGAUUCUGUGUAUAACUUAAACCCAGAAAGAGACUUUCUGGCACGUCCACCAGAUACUGUGCUAAAAAGCAGCAGUUCUUUUGAUUUGUCCCAAGGAAGUCCUUACUGUCUUCUGGUCAGAACCUCAGAUCAAAUUGAAAACAAGCCUACAGAUAGCAGAGGAAAUUCCAGAGAACAACAGCCUUCCUUUCAAGGAAAGAGCCAAAAUGAACCCAUCUAUGCCGAGAGUUCAAAGAGGAAAAAGAUGCAGCAUAAUAACACUAACACAUUGAAGAGUGGCACCUUGACUAUUAGCCCAAGUCAAAAUCAGCAUGAUGGGACGAAGACUCUCCAUUUGAGCUGCGAGAGGAAUUUUCAAGAUCCUGGUUCACAAAGAGCAGCAACUAUUACUAUAAUGGCCCCACAAACAGAAGAUGACCAUCGAGCGUUUUUUCUUAGCAGCCCAGACUCAGCAGUUGGAGUACAGUGGCCAUGUGUUAACCCAACUAUUAGCCCAGACACUGAGAAAUCAUCCUCUUUCUUUGAGCCUAGGGGAUUGCCACAAGAAAGAUGUGAUAGGAAUUCAAGAGGCAAAAGUCCAGAGGCUGAGUCUCCAAUGUCUAGUAAGAAUAUGAUUGAUAGGAGUCCUGCUAUUCCUCCAAAGAUGUCCAAAGGAAGCCCUCCUAGACUUGAAGAGUCUCUUCCACAAUCAGUCAAUUCUUCCAUUAAAGCUAAUUCUUCCGUUGCUGAAACCUGGGAUGCUAGCAUGCCAAGGGAUGAGACAGAUGGCACUGUGAUUGGGCCUUUGUCGCCCUUCUGUUCCCAGAUGAACAGCAUUUCCCCAGAUGACUCCAGCAGAGGUCCUUUGCCCUCAGGCUCUGAGAGGAGACCAAAAUACUACCAUGCCUCCUGGCAUAGGCCGUGUAGGAUUGAGGAGGAAGAGGAGGAAGAGCAAAGAAAUGCAGCAGAAAUGGAGAAUGAAAUAACCAUUUCUCCAAGUUUUUCAGUUCAGAUAAAACCAUGCCCUAUUCAAGCAGUUGAGACCGGAGAAAUGAAUCAAUCAAUGACAUCUGCUUUUGAUGAGCCUGGACCUGAGGAAGUUGUAACUCCUCGGCUGCCUCCAAAGAAACCACCCAGGCGCCAUCUACAAACCAUAAAAAAUGGUGAACUGGAGCAGCUCAACAGUGAUUCUACUGAGAGCCUCAGGGGAUCAACGGCCAGCUUGAAUUUGGAUACAAAUCCACUCAGCGGUGGAGGAGAAUUGUGCAAAGUGAGUCUUCAUUCCUCCAACCAUACCGAGAAAUCUGCCUUGCCUUCCGUUCAUUUUUCCUCAUGGUUGACUGAAAACACGGCACCGUGCAAAACUGUGGAGCCGCCUCCUCUGCCCCAAAAGAAAACUGUCAGCCGAGCUCUUUCAUCACCCGAUGGAUUUUACUGGGGCUCAUCCUCUCCAUCCAAAGCAGCUGUCUUCCCCAGCUUCAAGUUGAACUCCAGUCAAUCAGAAACUAAUGUCUGUAUCCAAGAAAAAUCUCUCUUUUGCUCUAACUUGGGAAUCAACCAUCAUACAAUUUCCUCCUCUGAGUCUCUGGGGAAAAACUUCAUAGGGUCCACCACUACUCCAUUCCCAAAUUCUGCUAAGAACAGCAGCCUUUGUGGCUUUCAGGAUAGAAACCUUCCAUCUCGUUCUUCCUCUCAGCAGAGUAUAUCCACCCAGGUCUCCUCAGGUUCUAGCCUUCAGCUCCAUAACCUCUUCAGCAACAUCAACAGCAAAGAAGGCAUGUAUACCAAGUUAGGAGGACUCUAUGCAGAAUCCUUGCGCCGCCUGGUCUCCAAAUGUGAAGAGUAUUUUAUGCAUGAUCAAAAAAGUGAGCUGCGUUUUAGUGAGAACUACUGGCCUUUCUUCAAACUUACGUGCAACAAACCAUGCUGUAAUGCGGGAGAUGCCGUAUAUUUCUGUGCAACGUGUGCCAAGGACCCUUCUAGCACUUAUGCAGUGAAAAUAUGUACAUACCAAGACAAUAAAACUGCAGCAUCCUGUAUUAGCCCUUCUAUUCCCGUUCACUUCAAUAUCCAGCAGGACUGUGGGCAUUUUGUAGCCACUGUGCCCUCCAGCAUGGUGAAGAAUGCUUCCAUGGGCAGCCAGUGUCCUUCCCAUGUUGGGACUGAGCAAGAGUGUGUGGUUGUCAUUACCCGUGAAGUGCCACACCAGACUGCUGCUGACUUUGUGGGAGUUGCUGAAACUUUCCAUAAAGAUGAGCCGGACCAGUAUGAGAGGAGAGUGUGUUUCCUGCUGCUACAGCUUUGCAAUGGGUUGGAGCAUCUUAAAGAGCACAAUGUCAUCCACAGAGAUCUCUGUCUAGAAAACCUGCUGCUGGUGCGCUGCAAACCUUUCAUAGGCUGCGGCAGGACCAAAAAUGACAAGCAUCUGCCAAGGCUCCUCAUCACGAAUUUUUUAAAAGCCAUGCAAAAGCCAGGCACCGGUGAAUCCAAAGCAAAGAAGAACCAGGCCCGGUUAGCUCCAGAGAUUGUAUCUGCCUCCCAGUUCAAAAAGUUUGACGAAUUCCAAACCGGCAUUCUCAUCUAUGAGCUUUUGCACCAGCCUAACCCAUUUGAAGUUCAGACCCGUCUCAGAGAACAAGGAUACAACCAGGGUGACCUCCCUGCCCUUCCCAACCUUUCCAUUUAUUCCAGUGGGCUCCAGAAACUUGCACAUUUGCUCCUGGAAGCAGACCCAAUCAGACGUAUCCACAUCACAGAAGCAAAGCGGAUUCUUCAGUGUCUGCUUUGGGGUCCUAGAAAAGACAUAGCGGAUCAGCCACUAAAACACAAGGAUGCCCUUCAUGGAGCUCUUCAGAACUGGAUUGACAUGAAACGGGCCUUGUUAAUGAUGAAGUUUGCCGAGAGGGCAGUGGAUGCAGAGCACAAUGUUCAGCUGGAGGACUGGCUUUGUUGCCAAUAUCUGGCCUCUGCAAAUCCCUCUUCUCUCUUUAAGUCUCUGAAACUUCUUCAUCUCCUCUGAUCUCUGUAGCGUUUUCAAAGCUGGCAUUGGUUCUGGCAGAAUCUGCCUAAGAGGGCACUUAGUUGGCUCUCUUGAAAGUGGGUGCACACCCCACAUUUUUCCUUUGUGUAACAUUAACUGACCAAUUUUUUUUAAAAAAAAAAGAAAAUGCAUUUUAUGCAGUCAUUGUGAAUGUUAUAAAAAUGUAAACAGUGUUAUCUAGAUUCCACCUCUAAGUAACUCUUGAAAGCCCCCGUUAAAGUGUUUCCCCCCGCCCCACAAUUUGAAGGAGUUUGUUCUUGUAAGAUGUUUUGUUGUUAUUUUCAUAUGAAAUAGAUUUAAGUUAAAACAGCAUUGGUCUUUUGUUUUAUUUUUGUGGGUUAAAGAAAAAAAUUCAGGGAGAACUGUGCAGCCGAGUCCCAACAAUGCUGUCUUGAAAUUGCAUCUUACUAAACCACUGAAACCAGGCCUUUCAGUCUUGUUCCAAUUCCAUCCUGGCUGUUUGGGUUGAGAUGUGCUUAGUGCAGUAUUUUUCAAGCUGAUGCUGGCUGGGGAAUUCUGGGAGUUGAAGUCCAUACGUUUUAAAGUUGUUAAAGGUUGAGAGAGACUGGCUUAGAGAAUACGGGGCAGGGGAAUGAUGGGAUCUUUCCAAGGAAAGAAAAAUGGAAAGUUGAACAAUAGGAAAAUCUCUUCGGGGUAAGCUUCAGAACCAUAUUCAGCAGUAUUUCAGGCUCUUGUUCAAAAGCAGUCCGUGUACACUGAAAUAUAUUGAUCCCAAUGCAAGGUGACACUAUAAUAGAAUUCCUGGGGUGGUGGGGGACAAUCUCCUGACACUAUCUUUAGCUCCUGUUUAGACAGGAGUGGAACUGUCGUAAAACGGUGCCUCUGAUCCCCAUAUCUGCAAGCGGAAGAACAUUCUGGCAACACGGUACCUUCCCCACAGGUUUGGUUUUAUAUUCUUAAUUACUCUGUGUGUAUUUCUUUGGGAUUGUUCUCUUCUUGUUAAACAAGAUUCUCUUCCUGUCUUUUUGUUGAACAUGCAAAUAAUCUCUUGGCAUGGCAACAUUUCCCCAUCUGACUGAGUUUCUUUUACUGAGAUUCUGAACACGGUAAUCAUUGCAAGGGCAGAAGAAACCUAAUCUGCCUGAUUCCCCAACUUCUUUUGAACCAACUCCUUCAUUUAUGCCUCGUUUGAAACCACAUGUGAUUAUGUUGGGCUUGCUUAGCAAUUUCGGGUUUAUAUAUAGAUUAUCUAUUUCUAAAUUUCUUGAAUUGGGAUCCUAUAAGUUUCAAAGUAUAAGGCAGAGAUGGAGUAGUGCUGUGUAUAGCUGCCCAAGCCCAUGUUUCAAAAACCCUAUGGCCU